CUCUCUCCAUUUUUUUUCCCCUUAAAUUUGUUUGUGUUAGGGUUUUGGAUGCGAUUUAGCACGAAAAUUAAGGGUGACCGAGGUGCCGGAAAUCGCUGCCGGAGUUGAAGAAUUCCAUCUCUCUUUCUCUCUUCCCUUUGCGGAGGCUCUCCAUUUUGUCUGUGAUCGAAGUCAGGGCUUUUUCUCCUUUUUGUUAUCUGCUUCUUUGUCAUACCCCCAUCCGACAUCUGGACUAUCUGCCAAGGAGAUUGUUCUUAUGGCUAGCAAAGCGACACCAGACUUCAUAUUUGACCAGGGCGUAUACUAUCCUCCUGCUGCCAACUACUAUGGGUAUUACUCUACAGGAAUUGAAUCACCUGGCGAAUGGGGUGACCACAAUAGGUUUUUUGUUUUAGAUGGUCAAGAUCACCAUUACUCGGGUGUGCAGGCUGAAAGUUUGCCAUAUGUAUAUUUUACACCUAGUUAUGGAUACGCACAAUCUGAUUACAACCCUUACAAUCCUUUUAUACCUGGUGCUGUCAUAGGAGCUGACAGCCCAUUUAUAGGAACACAACAGUACUUCACCAGCCCCACUUAUCAGCAACCUGUUUCUUCAAGUCCUUAUGUUCCAAUCAUUCUUCAGUCUAGUUCUGAUAUUGUCCCAAAGGAUACUUCAGAGCCUCUAUUAGUCAGUCCUGUUGCAACAGUUGCUAGCAAGUGUUAUAUUGAAGGUGCAAAAUGUGCACUUCCACAAGCACCUGCAGGAAAAGCUGUCACUUCUCAAAGGGUUGCUUUAGGGAAUUCAUUGUCGGAAACUUCAUCCCAACAGUUUCAUGCCCCAGGUAACUUAUCAGAAGGGCAAGUAGAUAACAUGCCACCAAGUAAGCAGUCUGCAUCACAUGGAAGCAUGUUGCCGAGUAAUCUUCCUCACGUAACCCAGUCUCAGGGUAGAAAUUCUUCUGGUUCAGUUCAAGCAACAGAUAACUUCUCAUGUGAGAGAGUUUCUCCUGUUCAAAAUUCAUUAAUAGGUGACAUGUCAGCUAGCAAUGCCCUCAACAAAUUUGGGUCCAAUGUUUGUAAGUGGGCCACUGUUGAUAAGUUCAGGCCAUGUUUUCAGUCAAAUGGGUUCUUAUAUAAUGGCAGGGGAAGCUCAUCUAUGUUGAAUGAGCAAGAUCAGGGCCCCAGAACGGACAAGGGAAGAGGUCAAUGGACUUCCAUCACUGUCAAAUCCUACACAACAAAAGUGGCUGUUAGUGAUUCGCAGGGAAACAUCGUCAUUAAUGUUGAUCAAUAUAACAGGGAUGACUUUCCAGUGGAAUAUCCAGAUGCCAAAUUCUUUGUCAUUAAAUCUUACAGCGAGGAUGACGUGCAUAAGAGCAUUAAAUAUAAUGUAUGGUCAAGCACUCCCAAUGGAAACAGGAGGCUGGAUAGUGCAUAUGAAGAUGCUCAGAAAUUAUCUGUGGGGAAGCCGAAACAGUGCCCUGUAUUUCUGUUCUUCUCUGUUAAUGCAAGUGGGCAGUUUUGUGGUGUCGCUGAGAUGACAGGCCCUGUUGAUUUUCACAAGGACAUGGAUUUCUGGCAGCAAGAUAAAUGGACUGGUAGCUUCCCUGUCAGAUGGCACAUAAUAAAGGAUGUACCAAACUCUAGUUUCCGGCACAUCAUAUUAGAGAACAAUGAAAACAAACCUGUAACUCAUAGCAGAGAUACACAAGAGAUAACUUAUAUUCCAGGCAUGAAUAUGCUCAAAAUAUUUAAAAGUGGUCCCCUGAAGGGAUCGAUACUCGAUGACUUUAUUCACUAUGAAGAGCGGGAACAGGUUACACGGGAAGAAAAAUCCAGACUUCUCAGAAGAAAAUACAACUCUUCUCUCUUUGUACCUGCAUUUGUCCCUAAAAACAUAUUUAAUGGUUCUGUCAAUCAGCCACCAGCAGCAGAUGACAUCCAACGAGAUGAAAUUGUCACCCAAUUUGUGAAAGUGGACGAAAAACCAGUUGACAAUGAGAUUCCAAAGAAUGAUGAAAUACAAAUGAAUCGUAAGGUCAGUCAGCCUCUCAAUGUGGAUAGUGAACAGCCAGUUGGUACAGUGAAGCAGCAUAUGACAGCAGAUGGAAAAGAAGACAAACAACCAAGUAGUAUAGUUGAUCAGCCCAGAAUAUUGGAAGGAAAGCAACAAAAUGUUACAGCCAAUAAGCUUCCUAAACUCAAUGCAAAACAAUUACCUGAUUUAGCCAUUCAGCCCUUUAAAGCAGUUGACAAGCAACAGAGUAGUACAGUUGAUUCUCCAAAAACAGAUGCAAGACAAGUAAACUGUACAGUCAGUCAAUCUUUAAAAGCUGAUCGCAAACAACCAAAUGUUACAAAUGAUCAGCAUUCAAAUUGGGAUAGGAGACAACUAAGUUAUUCUGUUCAUCCUCCUAAGGCAGAUGAAAAGAGAUUGAAUGGUACACAUGUUAAGUUUCCACAAGCAGAUGGAAAGCAAUCAUAUAGUACAGUCAGUCAGCCUCUAAAAGCAGCUGGCAAGCGACUUAAUGGUAUAGUUCAUCAUUCUGGAACCACAGUAGGAAGUCCAAGCAAGCCUGAUGAUUUGAAGAUAGCAGGCAAUAUGGCGCUCAAUAAUGAGCAGGUUUUCCCAAAACUUGGUGGUUCCAGACAAUUGGAUAAAAAGGAUGCUAAGCCUAAACCAAUAGUAAAUCCUAGUGGUGCAAGUCCUAUAAUGAAGACUAGUUCUCUUUCUAUUAUUUCCAAGACAAAUGAAGCUGACUGCUCAAAUGCUGUAGCUGAUGUUGUCACUAUUGGUUCAGUGCACAUCAAGGUUAAAGAUUUAGGUGAAUCUUCCUCUGGUUUUUUAACUUUUGGAACUGUUCCUGUUGAUCAGCAAGGACCAAAGCUGAACAAGAAAGCUUAGAAGUGGAAAAGAUACAGCCAACACCUUGGAAUGAAGUUGAGGUGUUGCAUGCACUAGAGUCUAGACAGGACUUUCUCUUUAUAAUUUUCCCGGCAUGGUGUUACCAUUACUCGUCAUGUUCUCUUCAUCAAAUCAGGCUAUUCCUUCUCUCUUAUCCUGCACAAGAUUAUAGAAAUUGUUUUCUGUUUACCUAGAUGUUAGAAUAUGUUCUGUCCUGCAACAACAUGGCAUAUCAAGUUGCUAGCCACAUCCAAAAUAGUUUUGUGGUUAGAUUUUUGGGUAGUAGUUCUAUGUUUUUGCUGAUGCUGAAACUUAUCCUGACGGUUUUCAAUUUGUAUACUUCAUAACCUUUCAUGAAAUUAAUCAAAUACAGAUGCCAACUUUCAACUGUCA